CGUCCCCGACCUUUCUCACCAACAGACGGGCGAGCGUGUGACGCACAGAAGUGUACUUAAACCGGAAUAUACGCCGAGAGUGCUACAACACUGCGCUCACUAACACAGUCGUCUUUAUAGUGCGCACAGAAACUAAGCUUGCAGACAGGUUAUCAUUGGGAGACACGAGCGCCUGAGGAAGUUGCCUCCAACAGCACUUCCACGCGUGUCCUAAAAUGCCGAAUCCAUUGGAUACUUUCGCGCGCGGUUUCCUCCUAUUCAUUUGAUGUGAAAAGUCUGCGCCCGAGUGUGAUUUUCUCCGAAUGAACAGUCAUGGGAGAGUGGACCAUAUUGGAGCGUCUCUUGGAGGCGGCAGUCCAGCAGCACUCAACUAUGAUCGGAAGGAUCCUGCUGACAGUGGUGGUGAUUUUCCGUAUUCUGAUCGUGGCAAUAGUUGGAGAGACAGUGUACAACGAUGAGCAGUCCAUGUUUGUGUGUAACACCUUGCAACCAGGCUGUAACCAGGCUUGUUACGACAAAGCGUUCCCCAUCUCUCACAUCAGGUACUGGGUGUUUCAGAUCAUUAUGGUCUGCUGUCCCAGCCUUUGCUUUAUCACCUACUCUGUACAUCAGUCCGCGAAGCAAAAGGAGCGACGCUACUCCACAGUCUACCUUUCUCUGGAUAAGGAACAGGAAUCCACGAAGAGAGAUGAGAGCAAGAAGAUCUCCAACACUAUUAUUAAUGGAGUGCUACAGAACACAGAGAACACCAACAAGGAGGCAGAGCCCGAAAGCCUCGAAGUCAAAGAUAUGCCCAAUUCAGUCCUGCGAACUUCUAAGUCCAAAAUCAGAAGGCAGGAAGGAAUAUCCAGGUUCUACAUCAUCCAGGUAGUUUUCAGAAAUGCACUGGAGAUAGGAUUCCUGGUGGGUCAAUAUUUCCUAUAUGGAUUCAGCGUCCCAGCAGUGUACGAGUGCGAUCGAUACCCUUGCAUAAAAGAUGUGGAGUGUUAUGUUUCCAGGCCAACGGAGAAGACAGUGUUUUUGGUCUUCAUGUUUGCAGUCAGUGGCAUUUGCGUGGUCCUCAACCUGGCAGAGCUCAACCAUCUAGGCUGGAGGAAGAUUAAGGCUGCCGUGAGAGGAGUCCGAGCUAGAAGGAAGUCCAUUUAUGAAAUUCGCAACAGAGACUUGCCAAGAAUGAGUAUGCCCAACUUUGGACGCACUCAAUCUAGUGACUCUGCAUAUGUGUAAUUAUUUGUAACACAAAAAGCUGCAGGACAGCUAUACAGAUGAGCAUACUGUACUGUUUUUAAUAUGAAAAAAAAUUGCUUCCAUAAUUCACACAACUUCUAAGGAUUUUUGUUUCUGGAUUUUUUGAUGGGACAGAAUGUCAUGUCGUCAAUAUUUGUUGUAAUAUGAUGGAUUUUUUUUUUUUUCUUGGGGCGACUAACGGUCAAAUGAUAACAACUCGAUUGUAUGAGUUUUUAAAGUGCUGCUAUGAAAGGGGGAUCUGUCAAAAAAUGAGAAUGACAACAUUAAUGUAAUUUUAUAUGUAGAAAACAAAUUUGGCACACAAAUCUGGCUGUUUUUUUUUUUUUUUACCAUUUCAUAGUUACACAUUUGUGUCGUCACAUUUUUCGUCUUUAUAUAUUAGAUUUGAUUUGAUUUUUGCCAGAGAUGCCCAGUAUCAGUGUCACCACAUGACUCCUUUAUACCAAUGCAUGGCCAUGCACAAGCUUGCAGUCGGAAGUCCUAAGAUAACACCGGCCUGUUCAAUGACGUUGAGUCUUUAAAGCAACACUAGGAAACUUUUCAACCUUAAUGAAAUAUUUUCAUAAAAUUUGUGGUAUUAUGUCGGUGACAACUAGUUGAAUAACACCUCUUUUCUACCUUGAAGGGGUCCAUAUCAUUUUCACCGACACUAAUUAACUUUAAGGAGGGUGGCAGGAACCCUGCACGACAACUGUGCUGACUGCUUUACAGCAUACGUCACUUCCACCUUUCCCCAUUCAUUAAAAAGACGGAGGCCGAUGCGAACGCUUUUGCGCAAAUUCUGCAAAGAUGGCAGAGCAACAAAAGAGACGAAAAGUUUUGUCUGAGAAGGGAAAAAAGGCAUGAUACCAGGAUAUACAGAAAAAACAUUAAUACUGGCUUUUAUUCGAUGGCAUGACGCCCCCCCCUUCUACAGUCUUCCUUAAGGCAAAACAUUACCACUUUCGUCCACCAGCAUCGCUAAAAUCGACAAAAACUGAAAAGUUGCCAAGUGUUGCUUUAAAGUUUUAAUAUUUCUUAUUUUACACAACGUGAACCCCUGAACUUCAUAACGAUAUUGACGGGGCUCGGGGCCGAUUAAUACGACAUCGUUGGCGUGGCCGUCAAAGCUGACCGAGUGGAAUCGCAGACAUUGAGCUUUUUCGUUGAAAAUUCUUGAAUGCUUAAAUCCCCGAAUUCUUGGAAUAUGGACGCAAAACAGUCUUGAUUUUUGGUUGAAAGCAAAAAAAAAAAAAAAGAAAAAAAACGUUCAGUUAGCAUUUAUUUUAUGUAAAUAAGUCAAAGGCAAGGCAAGGCAAAUUUGUUUAUGUAGCACAAUUCAACACAAGGCAAUUCAAAGUGCUUUACAUCACAUGAAGAUCAUAAAAUCACAUUUAAAUCAAUACAACGUAAAAACCAAGACAAUCAAAAUCGGAAAUAAAAUUAUACAUAAAAAUCGCAUUUUAUCACAAAUAGAAUAAAAAU